AUGUCUAACUCUGUUGACCAACAGUUUGGCGAGUUGAGCCUUUCGCAGGAUGAACAUGAUCAAAUGUACGAGCAAGAUGACCAAGACAGCCGGUCCUCCAAAGUGCUGAUCAGCGGGCUGCCGCUGCACGUUCGCUUCGACAACAUCGAGCCCCUCUUGCUCCAGUAUGGUAACGUGCAGCAUUGUGAUAAGGUGAACGUACGCGACGCAAACACCCAAGCGGUGUACAUCACAUUUGAAACUCCUGAGCAGGCGCAGCA